AUGUACCAGACCUUCCUCGGCCUCAUCAGCCUGCAAAAUGGCACCGAAAUGAUCACCCUGACGCUCAUCUUCAACAAGCUGACAGGUUUCUACGGCCUUCUCGCUAUCCUCACGGGAUACUCUCUGUCGCUCCUCCAGUUCUCCAUGUACAUCUACUCCCUCGGGGUCCUCCUCGUCACGGCCGCGCUCCUGCCGCACAUUCGCAAGCAGACGCCCUUUGAAUGCCUCGCCCUCGCCUGGCUCUACAUCAUCGACACGGUCCUUAACGCAGCGUACACCACGGCCUUCGCCUUGUCAUGGUUCGCCCACUCGACCGCCCUCGAGCGCCACCCCUCCCCGGCCGAUGGCUCCUCCAUCUCGGCCAACUCUGCCGUCCCCGACGCGACUCUCGCCACCGGCACUCCCGUCGUUCCUGACGUGCCCGGCUCGACUAAGCACAUCGGCCCUGAGGAGUCGUGGACGAGCCUCGGCCUCGUCAUUGGCUUCACCGUCGUGCGCGUCUACCUCGCGCUCGUCGUCAUGGCCUUCGCCCAGCAGGUCCUGCAGCGCGUCGGCGAGAGCGGCUGGGUGCCUGAGAACCGCAAGGUCGACGCCGAGGACCUCUUCGCGCGCGGUACGCCCGAGGGCGAAGGCUGGAAGGGACGUCUGGGUCGCAAGAUGCUCAGCACCGGCAGGUCGUACUGGCUCGACGAGAGCGCCCACGACGAGUGGGCGAAGAACAUGAGCAGCAAGAUGCGCGGCGCCGCUGCGCAGGUCUGA